UUGUAGCUGAUGGUCUUGGUUGAUGAUGCGGGAGGAGAAUGGCCUAUGAUCGGGCAUGCACCAUGGAACGGUUGCAAUCUUGCAGAUUUUGUGAUGCCAUUCUUUCUGUUUAUUGUGGGAAUGGCCAUAGCACUUGCUCUGAAGAGAAUACCAGAAAAGCUAGUGGCCAUCAGAAAGGUGAUUCUAAGGACACUCAAACUUCUAUUUUGGAGCCUCCUUUUACAAGGGAGAUAUUUCCACGAUCUUGACAAGCUAAAAUAUAGUGUUGACAUGAAUAGGAUAAGGUUGUGUGGCAUCCUCCAGAAAAUUGCUCUCGCUUACUUGGUAGUGGCCAUAAUAGAAAUAACAACAAGACAAGCCCAAUCCAAAGGACUACCAACGGGAUGGUUCUCCAUUUUCAAGUUAUACAGCUGUCAAUGGGUUAUUGGAGCAUGUGUUUUAGUAGUUUACUUGGCCACAUUAUACGGAACAUAUGUUCCUGACUGGAAUUUUGUUGUCCAGAACCCGGACAAUGUUGAUUUUGGGAAGACUUUAACCGUAACUUGCAAUGUGAGAGGAAAUCUUGAUCCUCCUUGCAAUGCUGUGGGUUAUAUUGACAGACAGAUACUUGGAAUCAAUCACAUGUAUCCACAUCCGACUUGGAAGAGAUCCAAGGCUUGCACUAAAAAUUCUCCAUAUGAGGGACCUUUCAAGGAUGAUGCUCCAUCAUGGUGUUGGGCUCCUUUUGAACCUGAAGGAAUUCUGAGGUAGGAAUAAU